UAAAACACAAUUGUCGGGCGGGGAAAUACAUCUGUAGUGGCUGUCCUACUGGACUGUGAUAAUUUAAAUCAACUCCUAUAAAAUGAUAACGGCAACAGAAAUGGGGUCCACGAAAAUAACGCCCGAGGUUCUGCAAGAGAUGCUACAAUAUUACAACUUAACGCGACAAGAGUUCAUCGAGUCUUACAACAUACAGCCGCUUGUCUACGUCCCUGAGCUGCCGUUGGGCGCGAAGACAACUUUCGUGAUUAUGUACGCUACCAUUUUCGCCCUGGCUCUGGUUGGGAACAGCUUGGUUGUCUACAUAGUGGUGCUUAAAAGAGCAAUGCAGACCGCUACUAAUAUUUUCAUCUGUUCUCUGGCGGUGAGCGACCUUCUUAUCACAUUCUUCUGCAUCCCGUUCACCUUGUUGCAGAACAUCUCCUCGGAAUGGCUCGGAGGUGUUCUCGUCUGCAAGACGAUUCCUUUUGUCCAGACCACGGCCAUCGUCACAGGGAUUCUCACAAUGACCUGCAUCGCCGUAGAGCGCUACCAGGGCAUUGUCUACCCCUUGAAAAUGAGGAGGCAAUACACGCCGAAAAGAGCAUACAAGAUGCUAGGACUUGUAUGGAGUGCAUCAGUGGUUGUGGGAUCCCCAAUGCUGUUUGUACAGCAACUAGAGGUGAAGUAUGACUUCCUAUACGACCACCACCACGUGUGUUGUCAGGAACGUUGGCUUUCCCUGACCCACAGGCAGGUGUACACCACCUUUAUCAUGGUAGCUCUGUUCCUGAUGCCCAUGGCAGCCAUGUUGUUUCUCUACACACGGAUAGGGAUAGAGCUGUGGAUCAGGAAGAGGGUGGGGGACUCCUCUGUCCUGAGCACCAUGAACCACAGAGAGGUCAACAAAAUAUCCAGGAAGAAGAAGCGAGCUGUAAAAAUGAUGAUAACCAUUGUUCUGCUGUUCACAGUCUGUUGGGCUCCAUUUCAUACCGUUCACAUGCUGUUUGAGUACAACGACCUAGAGAAGAACUCUGACGAGGUGACGGUGAACAUGAUCGUCGCCGUCGUCCAGGCCAUCGGCUUCUCCAACUCCUUUAACAACCCCAUCAUCUAUGCCUUCAUGAACGAGAACUUCAAGAAGAGCUGCGUGGCCACCCUGUCCCGCUGCCUCAGGAAGCCCUCCAACCACCGGGGCGGCGCUGUGGAGGAGCCCAACAACCCCACGGUACGCUUUAUUAGACCACUGAAGAGGGAGGCCUUCUCAGAGACUGGUGGCGGGGCCAAUGGAGGCUUGGAGCAGGGUGUGAUGGAGAACGGUCCGUCCGUCUCCUCUCAUGGAGACACCUCCUCAGCCUUAACAGGGGAGAAGAUGACGGUGAACUCUGAGCUACCGGCGAGCAGCAUCGAUCUGUUGAAAUAGUCUCGUUACAGACUUUUAAAGACACUCCAGUCUCAUUUUCACCUCAUUUAUCCAGUAGUGUACCUUAGGGGACAAAUUAGUACAGGCACAAAAGCGUACCUUUGGAAAAGGUACAAAUUAGCCUAUUUAGGGUACCACCACAUUGACAAAGCAGUCUGUUCCUUUCAGUGGCAAAAAUGUACCUCUAAAACAUUUUUUUCGGUGUUGUUUUAACACUGUAGGGUGCAAGGCAUAUUUCCCAGGGUGCCUUUCAAAUGAAUUUUAGAGUUACCAUUACAACCCAUGACUGUGUUUGCUAGUGACAGAGACAUGGUUGUUGCGUUCAAUGGCUUUCAGUCCUGUAGCCUUCAUCAAGUGAGUGCCUAAGUUAAUAUUUUAUAAUUGAAAUGAAACUCUUUAUGAUAAUACAUAACAUAUAUCAUAAGGCCAUACUUCAACGGCGUAGUUUCACCCCAACACGGUGGUCUGAAACUAGCCUGAGUUCCAGUCUCUUUAGCUCAUCCAAUCCCUGUACUCCCAUGUCAUUGCCUGGUACUCAGACUAGUCUGAAACUGCUGGUUUGCGGGCCACAUUGGGCAAGGCACGUUAUGCUGGCUUGCAAAGUGAUAUGGAAUUCCUAUUGGAAUCCAGCCAGAGUUAGGAUAUACAAAAAUGUGAACUUUUAAUCACCCGCAACCGGCAUUUAGAAUGACUGCUAAGGUAUUGAUAAAUGAGACUCCCUUAACUAUCUAAACUGGAACAGCCAUCUCAGUAACGGGUGCAAUAAAUCCAACUACUAACAGAUUGGAUUAGUAAAAAAAAAGAAGUUAUUUAUCUUUGUACAUGCAAAAACACAUAUUGAAACAAACAAUUCUAAAAAUGUUAAUCUUUUUGUACACCAGGGAACAACACUGUACUGUUUUUUCUGAGUGUACACAUACAUAUGCCAACUUCUGGAGAACUAUUCCCCAGCAAUUACCCUACAAUCGUCAGACUAAAACUGCCCCGGUAAAACCAGCCACAACCCUGCCCAGCAUGGGUGACAGUGCCUUCUCACGUGGCUCUGCAACACCCCCACCUGUACGUGUCAAGGAGGCAGCUUUAAUCUCCUCACUUAGAACACAACUAAACACCUAUUCAAGCUUUUCAUGUUUUAUGGUUUUUACUCUGCUUAAAGUCCAUCUUCAACAUUAGCAGGUAAUGUGUUGACGUAUUGUGAUUGUUUUUGUUUUUUUGCGUUCUAAUUUAUGUGCAUUGAGAAAUGUGCUCUGCAAAUGAAAUCUGUAUUAUUAUUGACAGGAAGAGAACCGCUCAGCAAGCGGGCAGCUGUUGUUUAGGAGAUGGUAGACCACAGCGCAGGUGGUAAACCUACUGCUCAACUGAACAUACAGUGGUGAGAGCUAGGCCAUUAACACACAUGACUUAUAAAAAAGCACAUUUUGUACUUUCACAAACUACUGUCUGUAAAUGACGGUAAGCACUGCAGGCACCUCAGAGAACUACAGAUUGUGAAGACGUGAUAAUACAGGUUUUGAAUAUGAACUAGUACAGGGUCACCUCAGAAUGAUCCAAAUGCAAGCUCUGAAAUAUGAUUUUUUUUCAGUAUUACCUGAUUCAGCAUUCUGAGAAAGCCAGGCACAUUCAAUUCACUACAGAUAAUUACACAAACAGACAAAACAAUAGACUCGAUAGAGGUCUUGGAGGUGGAAUACUCAGUAGCAUGCAAAUCACUACUGUCUGGAGAUGGUGGAGAUAUCUAAAUUAUAAGAGGCUAAUGAAUGAAUAUCGUUUUAUUUAACUGAAAGAGCUAAACGUUAUUAACCUGGUCCCAGAUCUAUUUGCGCUUUAGCCACAACUCCAGUGCUAAUUUUAAAGCCAGACAUGACUAUGAGUGACAAGGAGUUGACAUGACAGCACAAACAGACCGGCACUCAGGCUAAAACUUUAAAUCAGUGAACAUUUGUAAAAACAUGUUUCUAUAGGAUUUUGUUAAAGAGUCAAAUACGUUUAGUACAAGCUUCUGUAUAUGUGCCAUCAACAGUAUAUUUCAGUAUUGUACCAUAAGUUAAACGUUGAACUUGAGUUUGCUUGGUCUCUGGGGUUUUAGGCUGGGUUUCUGUAUAAGCACUUUGUGACAACUGCUGAUGUAAAAAAGGGCUUUAUAAAAUAAUGUGAUUGAUUGAUGGGCCCCUAUCGUGUGUCUGUUUGUAUGUGUCAGAUUAUGUUGAUGUUGCAAAUUUGGAUAA